AUGGACGAAACCCAAUCAUGGACAUUCGAAUCCGCCCUCGUACCCAUCAUAUCCACCCUCCUCGCCUUCGCAUACGGUCUCUAUCUACUCGCAUAUCCCCCGCAGUAUAAGAAACUCAGCAUUCUGCUCUUAGGACUUCCAGUCACUUACGCCUUCAUCCAUCAACUCGAUUUGGCGCCAAACUGGACAGUAUGCGACACCUUCGGCCGCUUCCUGUACAUCUGGUACGCUCACAUGAGCUACGAAGUGCUCAUAUUAGAAUUUACGCCCCCCGUUGGAAAAGAGAAGGAGGGAUGGACGGCCAGAAUGAGAGAAGCGUAUAAAGUGCUCUUUGACCGGAACCACACGCAACUAGCGAAGACGAUUUCUACAAAGCACGGUUACGGUUCCAGGUGGCAGUUUGUGGCGUACCAUUGCGUAAAAGCGAGUGCCUUGUACUUGGCUAUGGCAGCAUGGGAUGCGUACGAGUCAUUCCUCUCCACCACCCGUAGCGUCGCCUCUACGCGUGAGCAAGCCUACUUUUUCCGCCGACUUGCGUCUUCUUCAUCGCCUCUCAACACACGCGAAAUGUACUUUCGCCUUGAAACAGUAUUCGAUUGGUGUAUAAUCAGCAUGGUCCUCUACGAAGCAUACCACUCCCUGUGUGCUGUGCUGUUCGUCGGUAUCCUACGCCUCGACAUGCCGUCCGAAUGGUCCUUAUCAUUAUGCGGUGGUGUGGCCGAGGCAUGGAGUGUACGCCGGUACUGGGGCAAGCAUUGGCACAAUUACAUUUACCACUCAUUCUCCGCGCAUGUCAAGAUCGUUACGAGGGGGUGGCUGGGCCUCGGAAGAGGGAGACUCGAGACGCGACUUGUUGAGAAUGGACUGGUGUUCUUGGUCAGUGGGCUCAUGCAUAGCCUUGUGCGGUGGCAGCAGGACCCUGAUGGAGAUGUGUGGUGUAUUACAAUCUGGUAUGUUGCGCAAAUGCUGCCAAUUGUUGUUGAAGACGUAGUCCAGAUUGUCUGGCACUACUUUAGGCAGAGGGUGGGCAUUAGCGGAGACGACAGGCGAGUGGAUACUUUAGAGACAUUGGUGGGAUAUGUGUGGGUGUUGGGCUGGUUCAUGUGGAGUGUGCCCAAGUAUAUUCAUACGAGCGAUGCGUGGGCGGAGGACAAUUUUAGGGGGAGAUAUGCAGCUAGUUGGGAGGAAGUGUAUGGCUGA